ACGGCUCGCCAUAACCCGCGCUACGUGGACCCUGUUGUGCCCAGCAGCGGACCAUAAAACAACACCCUCUCGCCGGGCCAGUCAACUCCCAGCUCCCGUCUCGGACGGUUCUCGCCCCGGACUGCGCAGUGAGCUCGUGGAGAUGGCCGCGAAGAAUGUUUGUCGCGGGAGCUCGGUGAUGGAGGCGGCCAGAGACAUCGCCGGCCAGCCUGGUCGAGAGGAAGCCUUCUACAUCUUAGAUGUUGACGAGGUGGUGCGGAGGUUGAAGCUGUGGCGCCAACUGCUACCUCGGGUGGAGUUAUUCUACGCUGUGAAGUGUAACAACGACCCCGGGUUGUUGGAGGCCUUGGUGGCGCUGGGUGCUGGCUUCGACUGUGCCUCCAAGGCAGAGCUGGAGCAGGUGCUGGGGCUGGGAGCACAUCCUAGGCGCAUCAUCUUCGCUAACCCCUAUAAGGCCCCGUCACACAUCCGUCGAGCCCAGGAGCUAAAUGUUCCCUUGAUGACUUUUGACAGCGUGUCAGAACUACACAAGGUCAAGGCAAUCUAUCCAGAAGCACAGCUGGUGCUUCGGAUACGCAGCGACGCCACUGAGGCCAUAGUUCGUUUAGGGCUAAAGUUCGGAGCACUGCCGGAGGAGACCCGGGAGCUGCUGGUGGCUGCUCGCACCCUUUCUCUGAACAUUGUGGGCGUCGCCUUCCACGUCGGCUCCGGAUGUAGGGAAUCGACCGCUUACACCCGCGCUAUUACUGCUGCCCGCAAGGUGUUCGACGAAGCUGAGGAGGAAGGGUUCAAGCCUUACUUGCUGAACAUCGGUGGAGGGUUUCCCGGGCAGGACGACGUGCUGCUGACGAAACACGCUGACUGUAUAAACAAGGCACUCAACCACUUCUUCCCUGAUGACGGACGAGUUGAGGUGAUUAGUGAGCCAGGUCGUUACGUGGCGACCAAAUGCUUCACCCUGGUGACAACCAUCAUUGGUAAGAGACGAGUGGUGGUGGAGGGACAGGUCCACCCCACCUCCAACUGCCAGGGGCAGGUCCACCCCACCUCCAACAGCCAGGGGCAGGUCCACCCCACCUCCAACAGCCAGGGGCAGGUCCACCCCACCUCCAACAGCCAGGGGCAGGUCCACCCCACCUCCAACAGCCAGGGACAAGUAGGGGUGCAGGUGUCGGGACCCCCAACCACCAGUGGCCAGGAACAGACUGGGACGCAGGAGUCGGAGCACCCCGCGACCGUCAUGUACUAUAUCAACGAAGGCACCUACUCCUCUUUUGCUUUAACCAGAACUCAUUUCGUCCCUGACCCCCCAACACCACUGGAGGUGAGAGGAGAGACGCCUGUGAAGCCCAGUAUAGUGUGGGGUCGGUCCUGCUGCGGGAACGACAGAGUAACCAAGAAGGUCUUCCUCCUUCCUGACCUGCAGUUGGGGGACUGGUUGAUGUGGCCCAACAUGGGCGCCUACUGCUUCACUCUCUCAACCCACUUUAAUGGAUUCCCACUCACUGAAGUGCAUGUUGUUGCCUCCUCUGACACAGUGGAUUACAUGGAGGGUAAAAUGAGAUCUAGGCAGAACCAGUCUCCAUUACCUGAUCACCAGUGACAACUGCACAUUAACCACUGUACUGCACAGCUGUAAAAUAUAACAAACAGAUGGUGCAGCAGAAAUAAAGAAUUUUAAAAAACAAA